CCUUCGUCACAGGCGGCAAGUCAAACAAAAAUCGACCAAACGACAACUUAUAGCAGACGACAUAUAUUGUGUGUCUAACCGGUUUCAUUGAAAUCAAUAUGGCGAUAAAGUGAUAGCAAUCUAGGGAUUUAUCGAAUGUCGCGGUAGUGAUCAUUUUUAUCUUAAAACAGCCAAGUAACCAUAUGCUAUAGAAAACAUCUUUAACUGGCUGAGUAACGCAAGAAGCGCUAUGAAGAAAGAUAUCGCCUGUAAUGUUUCCACGGGAACAGAGCAUCCCGAAAUGGUAGAAGAGGCAAAUUUAAAGGCCUCUUAUCAACCGGGUAAAAAGGGAGGUAACUUCGGCUUGCCCCUUGGUGCCAAGCUAACCGUGCCGGAAGGAGAUUUCAACAAAAAGGAGAGCAUUACGUGCCAGGUAAUUCCGCCGUCACAAAGAUGGCGGAACUCUCCGGUGUUGUCAGCAGACGAGAGUAUAACAAGUGAAGUGUUUAAGCUGACGUCAUCAGUACAUAUCAUGAAGACACCAAUUAUUGUACAGUUACCUUACUACCCAACCAAAAGUGAUCAUUCAGAGAUAAAUGUAAAGGGAAAAUGGCGGGGAGAAACUGAUUGGGUGGAUAUCGGAUUUCUGCAGAAGAGUGAUACAACACCACCUAGUGUAGAGCUGGAGAUCAAUCGUUUGGGUUCAUUUGUUGUGACGUUUACAGCCAAGAAAGAAAUAUUUAAUGUUACCCCACAGGGUUGUUUAUAUAACGCACGUAUCAGUCGAUAUAUCAGUUGUCGUUUCCCAAAGAAAUCGAUCGAGUCAAGUAUACAGUGUGCAAUUAAGAUAACGCCAGUAUCCCCUGAAAAAUUACAAUCGAUGAAACAGCAAUAUUACCGUGAAUGUAAUGACCUGGUCACGUUAACGGAAUUCAUAGAUAUUACUCCCAACAUUCCCUGUAACUUCCGACGAGCUGUUACAAUCAAACUACCACUGCCCUCUGGUGUUGAGAUUGAGCGAGAACAGGAACCAGAUGUUGGUGUAUUAUUGAAAAACGAUGGCAAGUGGGAACCAGUUGAAUCGAAUUAUAAAUUUACUAGAACUACAGUAUCAUGUGAGGUCAGACAUUUAGGAAGCUUUUGUGUUGCAAUAUCCAAACCAGAAAGGACGCAAAGAUUAAAAGAAUCUGUACGUGUUGUUGACGGACGCAGUGACCAUGAUGUUGCUCAGGUCCUGAUGUAUCUUUCGCUACAGGAAAAAUCAUGGGUGGGUGUGGUGGAAUGUUUGACGGACGCCAAGUCUAAAUCAAGGGUCAUCGAUAGAAAAGACAGAGGGUUCAAGGUCGUACAUAAAGUCAAGGUGAUACCCCAGGCAGAAGAAAAGAGAUACUAUGGACGCCGAGCUCCGCCAGAAGUAAAACCUCCCGAAGCUGAUAUUUUAGAAAUAUAUGACGGUUUUACGUGGGAUAUUGGCGUGGGAUCAGACAUAAAAGUUAGCAAUGAUUCUGAUUUACUCGAUGACAAAGAACUACGUUAUUACAGGAAUUUACCAGAAAGCUACCGGAAGUUCGACUUUGAACCUUUGAACAACGAGGAGAGAACACUAACGGGUGUUGUUGAGCUGAUUCCAAAUGGUGUUGAGGACGAAAACUUAAAACAGAAAAUGACCAUAAGAUUUGAGUUUGAAAUAGAUGAAGAAACUGUUCGAGCCUUCUUCAAACCAGAAUAUGUCCCAGAACCAGAGAAGAUCCGAGUGACGUUUGACCUACCUGAAUUACAACCAAUCAAAGAAGAGAAACCUCUAGCACCACCAAUGCAGAAAAUAAAGACCAUAUCGACAUCUGUAAUGGACAGAUUAACAAAACCAAUUAGAAAACCCAGAAUAAUCGAUCGAGAGGCUCGAGUUAUAACCGGAAAGAGUUUAAUGAAUUUAUCCCGACGAGUACCAGAAGGUUUGACCUUGGCCGUACACCUCGAUUUACCAGAUAGUACCAUAACCGGACUUGGAUUCGACGCCAUAUCUAACGGUCUUAACAUGGCGGACGUAACGUACAAGAUUUUAUUAUACUGGAAGCGGAAGUUGAAAGAUAAGAAAGAUGCCGCAGUAAAUGAAUUGGCAGAGGCUCUAAGCGCCAUGGGCAGACCGGAUAUCACAGAAGUUUUAUUGCAGUGUCAUAAAGAUAACAAAGAACUAACUGAGGAAUAUUUGAACGAAGCAGUGUAUUAAUCCUGUUGUAUUCAUCAUUAUCAACCGGAUGUGAUGUCAUAGCAUCCUGUGUAUUAACGGUCCCACUCACUGUAAAAAUCACGACCUCAUGCAUUGCCCGCCUUACGUAAUCAUAAUCAUAAUAUUACAUGUUAUAAUCUAAACCAAUCCCGUUCGUAUAAAUCGCAAUGUCUGUCGCCUUGAAUUUGAUAUUAACAUUUUCAGUGUUUUAUCAUCGUUCAAAGCAAACAUUAAUGUCGUGCAAAAUGUAUCUUACCCUUUCAAUCAGUUAUUAUCCGCUUUGAAAACGUGAACAAUUAUAGCAAAAGAUAAUAUUGUCAUUGAAACCGCAAGUUGAAGCUAAUUUAUUAUUAUUUUAUUUUAUUUUAUUUUAUUAUUUUUUUAGGAGGGGGGGGGCGGCUUUGAAACUGAAUUAUUUAUUUUUUUUAUCUACAAAAGCAAAAUUAUUGGUAAGAUAUUUUAUUAUUUAUGCAACAGUUACCUAUUGUUUGUUUUUUAUUCGUUUGCAGCCUUUACUAUAUUAUCAGCAUUAUGAAGUGUCCAAUAGUUUAUUAUCUUAUCUGGUCAUUGUAUCGUAUUAGACUAACUGUUAUUAAUAUCCUUAGAAAUACAAACAAGAUGGAAUGUUAUUUUAUGGACAGGGAUCUCGGCACAAACCGUUACUCAUCUUUUUCCUAAUGUUGUUGUUCAGCUUCUUCUUGGUUGGAACGACAUUCUUCGGGGGGGAAAAACUUAUAAAAUAACCAUUGACAUUCUUGUUCCUUGGCCAAUUGCGCAUCGAAUGACAGCUUUCGUUAUUUUAUAUGACGCCAAAAUUCCAAGAUGACUGGUCCAUAUCGCAUGCUGACAAACACUAUAAUAUACAGACUGCAGUUGUUCUAUAACUUUUUACGUCAAAUAACAGAUGAAUAAUGUAUUGUUUAGAAGUUUCAGGGGACAUAACUAUAAUAUUAAUGUUUUAGCAGGCCACUAAAGACUGGGCUAUUGAAGACAAACAUGCGCCAAACAGUGUGCUUGAGGGACAUUUUUGCCGGGACAGCGGCACUACGGUCUACUCUUAUAUCGAAUUACAACUGCCAAGGAACCUUUACGUGCACGCCGAUGUGUCCAUUGGAGGUCGGUUUUUCGUAUCAUCUGUCCUGCACCACUGACAAAGGGAAACCACGCCGGAAAAUAACGAUGAACUUUCUCGGCCAAUUGUCGGGAUCAAACAUCCGACCUCCAGGUUAGCCAGCAAACGUCUCACCCGCUGAACCACCAUGGCUCCUGUUCAGUAAUGAGCCAUCGGGAAUAUUUUGAUGGUCUGUACAUAUACACACGUCUGUGAUAAAAGAAAUAUAAAAUAAACAAGUGUUUAUAAUGUUUAUACAAUAUUUUUGCAUUUCUAUUUUAAUUUUAUCAUUUAUUGUCUAUUUUUUGAAUUUAACAUUUCCGUCCAAUUUUUGUCAUUUAAAUGCCCUUUUUUAUAUUAUUAACCUAAUAUUUUCGUCAAAUUUUUAAACGACUGUACAUCUUUGCAUUUGUUUAAAACAAAUUUUAUUGUCUAGCAAAAGUGCUUUAAUUUUUUUGUGUAUAAUUCUUAUAUGUUUUCAUUCUGUUUGUUCAUCAUCAUUGGUGAUUUUUUGUUGACAAUAAAAUAUUCAUAUCAAAGAUUUAGGUAUCAUUUUUUAUCGUCUUGGAUUUUGAGGAUUUAAAACUGUAUAUGUUUUUGUGAAGAAAAUGAAAUAUACUAAACUUGGGCUGUCUGUCUACAAUAAGCUCCUCUUGCGAACCGACACUAAGCAGAAUGACCGACAAUAUUGGUGUCAGUCAUUAUUACAUAUGUGAUAGAACUGGUUAAACAUAUUCCACAUGUAAUUUUAACACAGAGAUCAUUGCAAUGAGAGAUGUGUAAUAUAACAAACGCUUGAAUAAACUGGAAGUCACGACAAACUGACUGAAGUAACGAGCAAUAACAGACACACGAUCGGAUUUCAUUUCACUGAUAAUUCCGUUAAAGAUGAAAAGUUAUUAUAUGAGACGGCGAGAGGAUAUCCCACAAAUGAAAAUAGAAUUGCCUGUCACUAGAUAAAAGAAAACGAGAAAAAUCCCGUGCAUUCCCCUGUUUUUAUUCAUGCUGUUCUUAAUAUAAACAUGGUAAUACACGGACUUUUUCUAAUUUUAAUUUUAUUAAUGAAAUAUUUGAUUGGUUUCUUGUCAAAACUGGUAUGUCGUCUUUUAAAAUUAUUUGUUUUUGUUUUAACUUUUCUGUAACCUUUGAAUAGACAUGGCUUUAUUACAGAUUUCAUGCAUUAAUGAUUUUAUUUAGAAAUGCUAUUGUUUUGAAUAGACCUGACUGUAUUCAAAGAUU